GGGCUGCCGGAACCCCACGUCGCUACGAGCUGAUCCCCAACGCUGCAGAGGGCCGGACACAACGUGGCGGUGAAUCGCGUGCCGGGAUUCCAUGCUUAGUGCAUUGGCACGGCUCCUUUUCGAAGAACUUGUCAGAUUUUGAUGUCGCCGCGGCCCGAGCAUCCCUAAGGAUGGAUCGCGUCCCCCUAUAUAUCUCAUAUAAUGGCGCCCAGAGGCUUCGAUUCCUCCAACAGGCGUUUGACACUGAAACGGAGUAGACGACCACGGCUCGAUCCAUGGUCUUUUUUGUCUUGACUCUAGCCCUUCGUUCCUCGUGCAUACGGUAAUCAGACAUCAUCCAGCACCAUGGCGGGCGGCAAGAGACCCGAAGUGCACCCAGUUCAAGACUUGGAGAAGGAUAUGGUAGGAUGGGAGGGUGACGAUGACCCGGCGAACCCUAGGAACUACCCUGUAUCUCGGAAAUGGUUUCUGAUGCUACUGGUUAGCACUAUCACAUUCAUCAGUCCGUUCGCUUCUUCCGUUUUCUCCCCGGGUGUCGUGUACGCAGAGGAGGAAUUUGGCGUCACAUCGAGUAUACUGGGAACACUGUCGGUGACAGGCUAUCUGAUCGGUUAUGUGACUGGACCUCUGAUUUUCUCCCCGAUGAGUGAGAUGCUCGGCCGACGAAUCGUUCUCAGUGGCGCCAAUACGUUCUUCGUGGCUUUCCAGGUGGGCUGCGCGCUGGCUCCCAAUAUCUCGGCCCUGAUUGUCUUUCGCUUCCUCACUGGUAUCGGUGGAUCUGCCUGUCUGACCACGGGUGGUGGUGUGGUGGCCGACCUGUUCGUGGCCGAGCAGCGCGGAAUCGCAAUGGCCGUCUACACGACCGGUAUCCUGAUCGGACCCGUUCUGGGGCCCCUUCUCGGAGGCUUCAUCGCCCAGAGAGCAGGGUGGCAUUGGGUCUUCUGGGUGCUGGUCAUUGCGGGCGGCACGCUCUCCGCCCUGGUCAUGAUCUUCAACCGCGAGACGAACCCCGUCGUGCUUAUGCGCUGGAAAACCGAGCGCCUUCGCAAGGAGCUUAAUCGCCCCGAGCUGUACAGCUGCUACGAACCGAACGGAGGCGACUCUAAAGCCUCAUUCCGGAGCUCCCUGGGAAAGCGGUUGAUCAUGCCCUUCUACCUCUUGGUCCGUUCGCCGAUUGUCUUUCCUGUCGCCACCUACCUCGCCACUCUCUACGGAUGUCUUUACCUGCUGUUUACCACCAUCAGCGACGUGUUCAAAAAGACCUACGGCUGGGACACUGAGAUCAGUGGUCUCGCGUAUCUCGGGCUCGGAGUGGGCUUCAUCAGCGGCCAGAUCUUCUUCGCCCUGGUCAGUGAUCGCAUCAUCACCCGGCUGAAGGUGCGUAACAACAACGUGUUCGAGCCGGAGAUGCGACUGUCGAUCACCAUAUUCUUCGCCUUCUUCAUCCCGGUCUCGUUCUUCUGGUAUGGGUGGUCCGCCAAGGCGAAGGAUUUCUGGAUCGUUCCCAUCAUUGGACUGGCUCCCUUUGCGUUCGGCAUGGUCGGCAUCUACAAUACGCUGCAGACAUAUGUCAUUGACUGCUACCCCCGGUAUGCUGCAUCGGGAACCGCCGCCAUGGUCAUCACCCGGUCGCUGAUGGGUGCCUUUCUGCCUCUGGCGGGUCCCCGCAUGUACGCGGCGUUGGGCUAUGGGUGGGGAAAUUCCCUGCUGGGCUUCGUCACGCUGGCCAUGAUCCCGGUGCCGGUUCUGUUCUACAAGUAUGGCGGACAAGUCCGGAAGGCAUCCGAAUUGAACCUGUAAUCGCUUGCAGUGCUUUGAUUUAAUGGUGAAAUGGGUGGUUCCCCGUGGUUAAGACACCACGGUCGGGACCAGGGAAAAAUGAUGCAUAAUGGGAUUGUGAUGCGUGGUUUGAUUAUUAUUCGUCUUUUCAUUUCUUGGUCUCUUCAACACGUACAUAUAGAGUACACUUUUUUUUUCGGUAGUAUCUUGGAUGGCGUUUGGCGCGGGGGAAGCAAACUGGGAGCCGGGAACCCAGUCCGAGGCUGGUCCCGGAUUGUAUAUAGAGGACAGGACUGGGGGAGUGUUGAUAUGUAAUGUUGCUUUACGAUGAUAAAUAAUAGAUGGUGUUUUUGGGA